CACUGAAGUCACUUAAAUACACCAUUGACAUAAAGAUCAAUGCUUCAAGAGAAGCCGUGGUAGAGCACUUAAGGCCGUUGAUUCGUGGACAGAAAUUCCCCAUGUGCGUCAAGAAAGGAAUGAAAAUCUCCAGUGUAAACAUCACUGCAGUGUGUCUCUCAAAUUCGAGCCAAACCAAGUGCAAAUGUGAGAAUCAGUAUGCUUGGCGCUCUGAACAAUGCUCUAAACAUGGCGCUUGUAACCCCAGUCAAAAUGGUACAUGUGGACACAUUGCUUCUCUUCCAACUGAUGGGGCGUUCUGCCGGCCACCACCUGCUUCGUUGAAGUUGUUCAAAUACACCAUUGACAUAAAGAUCAAUGCUUCAAGAGAAGCCGUGAUAGAGCGCUUGAGGGGGUUGAUUCGUAGACAGAAAUUCCCCAUGUGCGUCAAGAAAGGCAUGAAAAUCUCUAGUACAAACAUCACUACAGGUAAGAGAAGUAUGAGCAGAUUAACACCGUUGUGUCAACAUUCAUCAAAAAAAAAAAAAAAAAAAAAAAAUUGUUUAUUUGUUUGUCCUCCAAAAUUUUCUUUGUUUCAUUUUCAGUGUGUCUCUCAAAUUCGAGCAAAACCAAGUGCAAAUGUGAGAACCAAUAUGCUUGGCGCUCUGAACAAUGCUCUAAACAUGGCGCUUGUAGCCCCAGUCAAAAUGGUACAUGUGGAUGCAUCGCUUCUCUUCCAACUGAUGGGGCGUUCUGCCGGCCACCACCUGCUUCGUUGAAGUUGUUCAAAUACACCAUUGACAUAAAAAUCAAUGCUUCAAGAGAAGCCGUGAUAGAGAGCUUGAGAGGGUUGAUUCGUAGACAGAAAUUCCCCAUGUGCGUCAAGAAAGGCAUGAAAAUCUCCAGUGCAAACAUCACUACAGUGUGUCUCUCAAAUUUGAGCCAAACCAAGUGCAAAUGUGAGAACCAAUAUGCUUGGCGCUCUGAACAAUGCUCUAAACAUGGCGCUUGUAACCCCAGUCAAAAUGGUACAUGUGGAUGCAUCGCUUCUCUUCCAACUGAUGGGGCGUUCUGCCGGCCACCACCUGCUCCACUGAAGUCAUUUAAAUACACCAUUGACAUAAAAAUCAAUGCUUCAAGAGAAGCCGCGAUAGAGCGCUUGAGAGGGUUGAUUCGAAGACAGAAAUUCCCCAUGUGCAUCAAGAAAGGCAUGAAAAUCUCCAGUGCAAACAUCACUGCAGUGUGUCUCUCAAAUUCGAGCCAAGCCAAGUGCAAAUGUGAGAACCAAUAUGCUUGGCGCUCUGAACAAUGCUCUAAACAUGGCGCUUGUAACCCCAGUCAAAAAGGUACGUGUGGAUGCAUCGCUUCUCUUCCAACUGAUGGGGCGUUCUGCCGGCCACCACCUGCUCCACUGAAGUCAUUCAAAUACACCAUUGACAUAAAGAUCAAUGCUUCAAGAGAAGCCGUGAUAGAGCACUUAAGGUCGUUGAUUCGUGGACAGAAAUUCCCCAUGUGCAUCAAGAAAAGGAUGAAAAUCUCCAGUGCAAACAUCACUACAGUGUGUCUCUCAAAUUCGAGCCAAACCAAGUGUAAAUGUGAGAAUCAAUAUGCUUGGCGCUCUGAACAAUGCUCUAAACAUGGCGCUUGUAGCCCCAGUCAAAAUGGUACAUGUGGAUGCAUCGCUUCUCUUCCAACUGAUGGGGCGUUCUGCCGGCCACCACCUGCUUCGUUGAAGUUGUUCAAAUACACCAUUGACAUAAAGAUCAAUGCUUCAAGAGAAGCCGUGAUAGAGCGCUUGAGAGGGUUGAUUUGUAGACAGAAUUUCCCCAUGUGCAUAAAGAAAGGCAUGAAAAUCUCUAGUGCAAACAUCACUACAGUGUGUCUCUCAAAUUCGAGCAAAACUGAAUGCAAGUGUGAGAAUCACUAUGCUUGGCACUCUGAACAAUUCCCUAAACAUGGCAUUUGUGGCCACAGUCAAAAUGGUACAUGUGGACACAUCGCUUCUCUUCCAGCUGAUGGGGCGUUCUGCCGGCCACCACCUGCCUUGUUGAAGCUGUUCAAAUACACCAUUGACAUAAAGAUCAAUGCUUCAAGAGAAGCCGUGAUAGAGCGCUUGAGAGGGUUGAUUCGUAGACAGAAAUUCCCCAUGUGCGUCAAGAAAGGCACGAAAAUCUCUAGUGCAAACAUCAUUACAGUGUGUCUCUCAAAUUUGAGCCAAACCAACUGCAAAUGUGAGAACCAAUAUGCUUGGCGCUCUGAACAAUGCUCUAAACAUGGCGCUUGUAGCCCCAGUCAAAAUGGUACAUGUGAAUGCAUCGCUUCUCUUCCAACUGAUGGGGCGUUCUGCCGGCCACCACCUGCUCCACUGAAGUUGUUCAAAUACACCAUUGACAUAAAGAUCAAUGCUUCAAGAGAAGCCGUGAUAGAGCGCUUGAGGCCGUUGAUUCAUGGACAGAAAUUCCCCAUGUGCAUCAAGAAAGGCAUGAAAAUCUCCAGUGCACACAUCACUACAGUGUGUCUCUCAAAUUCGAGCCAAACCAAGUGCAAAUGUGAGAAUCAAUAUGCUUGGCGCUCUGAACAAUGCUCUAAAUAUGGCGCUUGUAGCCCCAGUCAAAAUGGUACAUGUGGAUGCAUCGCUUCUCUUCCAACUGAUGGGGCGUUCUGCCGGCCACCACCUGCUCCACUGAAGUUGUUCAAAUACACCAUUGACAUAAAGAUCAAUGCUUCAAGAGAAGCCGUGAUAGAGCACUUGAGAGGGUUGAUUCGUAGACAGAAAUUCCCCAUGUGCGUCAAGAAGGGCAUGAAAAUCUCCAGUGCAAACAUCACUACAGCGUGUCUCUCAAAUUCGAGCCAAACCAAGUGCAAAUGUGAGAAUCAAUAUGCUUGGCGCUCUGAACAAUGCUCUAAACAUGGCGCUUGUAGCCACAGUCAAAAUGGUACAUGUCGAUGCAUCGCUUCUGUUCCAACUGAUAGGGCGUUCUGCCAGCCACCACCUGCUCCACUGAAGUUGUUCAAAUACACCAUUGACAUAAAGAUCAAUGCUUCAAGAGAAGCCGUGAUAGAGCGCUUGAGAGGGUUGAUUCGUGGACAGAAAUUCCCCAUGUGCGUCAAGAAAGGCAUGAAAAUCUCCAGUGCAAACAUCACUGCAGGUAAGAGAAGUAUAAGCAGAUUAACACCAUUAUGUCAACAUUCAUAAAAAAAAAUAAUAAAAAAAAAAUUGUUUAUUUGUUUGUCCUUCAAAAUCUUAUUUGUUUAAUUUUCAGUGUGUCUCUCAAAUUUGAGCCAAACCAAGUGCAAAUGUGAGAACCAAUAUGCUUGGCGCUCUGAACAAUGCUCUAAACAUGGCGCUUGUAACCCCAGUCAAAAUGGUAUAUGUGGAUGCAUCGCUUCUCUUCCAACUGAUGGGGCGUUCUGCCGGCCAACUCCUGCUUCGUUGAAGUUGUUCAAAUACACCAUUGACAUAAAAAUCAAUGCUUCAAGAGAAGCCGUGAUAGAGCGCUUGAGAGGGUUGAUUCGUGGACAGAAAUUCCCCAUGUGCGUCAAGAAAGGCAUGAAAAUCUCUAGUGCAAACAUCACUGCAGGUAAGAGAAGUAUAAGCAGAUUAACACCAUUAUGUCAACAUUCAUAAAAAAAAAAAAAAAAAAAAAUUGUUUAUUUGUUUGUCCUUCAAAAUCUUAUUUGUUUAAUUUUCAGUGUGUCUCUCAAAUUCGAGCCAAACCAAGUGCAAAUGUGAGAAUCAGUAUGCUUGGCGCUCUGAACAAUGCUCUAAACAUGGCGCUUGUAACCCCAGUCAAAAUGGUACAUGUGGAUGCAUCGCUUCUCUUCCAAGUGAUGGGGCGUUCUGCAGGCCACCACCUGCUCCGCUGAAGUCAUUCAAAUACACCAUUGACAUAAAAAUCAAUGCUUCAAGAGAAGCCGUGAUAGAGCGCUUGAGGGCGUUGAUUCGUGGACAGAAAUUCCCCAUGUGCAUCAAGAAAGGCAUGAAAAUCUCCAGUGCAAACUUCACUGCAGUGUGUCUCUCAAAUUCGAGCCAAACCGAAUGCAAGUGUGAGAAUCAAUAUGCUUGGCGCUCUGAACAAUGCUCUAAACAUGGCGCUUGUAACCCCAGUCAAAAUGGUACAUGUGGAUGCAUCGCUUCUCUUCCAACUGAUGGGGCGUUCUGCCAGCCACCACCUGCUCCACUGAAGUUGUUCAAAUACACCAUUGACAUAAAGAUCAAUACUUCAAGAGAAGCCGUGAUAGAGCGCUUGAGAGGGUUGAUUCGUGGACAGAAAUUCCCCACGUGCAUCAAGAAAGGAAUGAAAAUCUCCAGUGCAAACAUCACUGCAGUGUGUCUCUCAAAUUCGAGUAAAACUGAAUGCAAGUGUGAGAAUCAAUAUGCUUGGCCCUCUGAACAAUUCCCUAAACAUGGCAUUUGUGGCCACAGUCAAAAUGGUACAUGUGGAUGCAUCGCUUCUCUUCCAACUGAUGGGGCGUUCUGCCGGCCACCACCUGCUUCGUUGAAGUUGUUCAAAUACACCAUUGACAUAAAAAUCAAUGCUUCAAGAGAAGCCGUGAUAGAGCGCUUGAGAGGGUUGAUUCGUGGACAGAAAUUCCCCAUGUGCGUCAAGAAAGGCAUGAAAAUCUCCAGUGCAAACAUCACUGCAGUGUGUCUCUCAAAUUCGAGCCAAACCAAGUGCAAAUGUGAGAACCAAUAUGCUUGGCGCUCUGAACAAUGCUCUAAACAUGGCGCUUGUAGCCACAGUCAAAAUGGUACAUGUGGAUGCAUCGCUUCUCUUCCAACUGAUGGGGCAUUCUGCCGGCCAACUCCUGCUCCACUGAAGUCGUUCAAAUACACCAUUGACAUAAAGAUCAAUGCUUCAAGAGAAGCUGUGAUAGAGCGCUUGAGAGGGUUGAUUCGUGGACAGAAAUUCCCCAUGUGUGUCAAGAAAGGCAUAAAAAUCUCCAGUGCAAACAUCAGUACAGUGUGUCUCUCAAACUCGAGCCAAACCGAAUGCAAAUGUGAGAAUCAAUAUGCUUGGCGCUCUGAACAAUGCUCUAAACAUGGCGCUUGUAGCCCCAGUCAAAAUGGUACAUGUGGAUGCAUCGCUUCUCUUCCAACUGAUGGGGCGUUCUGCCGGCCCCCACCUGCUCAACUAAAGUCAUUCAAAUACACCAUUGACAUAAAGAUCAAUGCUUCAAGAGAAGCCGUGAUAGAGCGCUUGAGAGGGUUGAUUCGUGGACAGAAAUUCCCCAUGUGCUUCAAGAAAGGCAUGAAAAUCUCUAGUGCACACAUCACUACAGUGUGUCUCUCAAAUUCGAGCCAAACCAAGUGCAAAUGUGAGAAUCAGUAUGCUUGGCGCUCUGAACAAUGCUCUAAAUAUGGCGCUUGUAGCCCCAGUCAAAAUGGUACAUGUGGAUGCAUCGCUUCUCUUCCAACUGAUGGGGCGUUCUGCCGGCCACCACCUGCUCCACUGAAGUUGUUCAAAUACACCAUUGACAUAAAGAUCAAUGCUUCAAGAGAAGCCGUGAUAGAGCACUUGAGAGGGUUGAUUCGUAGACAGAAAUUCCCCAUGUGCGUCAAGAAGGGCAUGAAAAUCUCCAGUGCAAACAUCACUACAGCGUGUCUCUCAAAUUCGAGCCAAACCAAGUGCAAAUGUGAGAAUCAAUAUGCUUGGCGCUCUGAACAAUGCUCUAAACAUGGCGCUUGUAGCCCCAGUCAAAAUGGUACAUGUGGAUGCAUCGCUUCUGUUCCAACUGAUGGGGCGUUCUGCCAGCCACCACCUGCUCCACUGAAGUUGUUCAAAUACACCAUUGACAUAAAGAUCAAUGCUUCAAGAGAAGCCGUGAUAGAGCGCUUGAGAGGGUUGAUUCGUGGACAGAAAUUCCCCACGUGCAUCAAGAAAGGAAUGAAAAUCUCCAGUGCAAACAUCACUGCAGUGUGUCUCUCAAAUUCGAGUAAAACUGAAUGCAAGUGUGAGAAUCAAUAUGCUUGGCCCUCUGAACAAUUCCCUAAACAUGGCAUUUGUGGCCCCAGUCAAAAUGGUACAUGUGGAUGCAUCGCUUCUCUUCCAACUGAUGGGGCGUUCUGCCGGCCACCACCUGCUUCGUUGAAGUUGUUCAAAUACACCAUUGACAUAAAAAUCAAUGCUUCAAGAGAAGCCGUGAUAGAGCGCUUGAGAGGGUUGAUUCGUAGACAGAAAUUCCCCAUGUGCGUCAAGAAAGGCAUGAAAAUCUCUAGUGCAAACAUCACUGCAGUGUGUCUCUCAAAUUCGAGCCAAACCAAGUGCAAAUGUGAGAACCAAUAUGCUUGGCGCUCUGAACAAUGCUCUAAACAUGGCGCUUGUAGCCACAGUCAAAAUGGUACAUGUGGAUGCAUCGCUUCUCUUCCAACUGAUGGGGCGUUCUGCCGGCCAACUCCUGCUCCGCUGAAGUCGUUCAAAUACACCAUUGACAUAAAGAUCAAUGCUUCAAGAGAAGCUGUGAUAGAGCGCUUGAGAGGGUUGAUUCGUGGACAGAAAUUCCCCAUGUGUGUCAAGAAAGGCAUAAAAAUCUCCAGUGCAAACAUCAGUACAGUGUGUCUCUCAAACUCGAGCCAAACCGAAUGCAAAUGUGAGAAUCAAUAUGCUUGGCGCUCUGAACAAUGCUCUAAACAUGGCGCUUGUAGCCCCAGUCAAAAUGGUACAUGUGGAUGCAUCGCUUCUCUUCCAACUGAUGGGGCGUUCUGCCGGCCACCACCUGCUCCACUAAAGUCAUUCAAAUACACCAUUGACAUAAAGAUCAAUGCUUCAAGAGAAGCCGUGAUAGAGCGCUUGAGAGGGUUGAUUCGUGGACAGAAAUUCCCCAUGUGCUUCAAGAAAGGCAUGAAAAUCUCUAGUGCAAACAUCACUGCAGUGUGUCUCUCAAAUUCGAGCCAAACCAAGUGCAAAUGUGAGAAUCAGUAUGCUUGGCCCUCUGAACAAUGCUCUAAACAUGGCGCUUGUAGCCCCAGUCAAAAUGGUACAUGUGGAUGCAUCGCUUCUCUUCCAACUGAUGGGGCGUUCUGCCAGCCACCACCUGCUCCGCUGAAGUCGUUCAAAUACACCAUUGACAUAAAAAUAAAUGCUUCAAGAGAAGCCGUGAUGGAGCACUUGAGAGGGUUGAUUCGUGGACAGAAAUUCCCCAUGUGUGUCAAGAAAGGCAUAAAAAUCUCCAGUGCAAACAUCACUGCAGUGUGUCUCUCAAACUCGAGCCAAACCGAAUGCAAGUGUGAGAAUCAAUAUGCUUGGCCCUCUGAACAAUGCUUUAAACAUGGCGUUUGUGACGAUGCUCAAAAUAGUACAUGUCGAUGCAUCGCUUCUCUUCCAGCUGAUGGGACGUUCUGCCGGCCACCACCUGCUUCGCUGAAGUCAUUCAAAUACACCAUUGACAUAAAGAUCAAUGCUUCAAGAGAAGCCAUGAUAGAGCACUUGAGGGCGUUGAUUUGUGGACAGAAAUUCCCCAUGUGUGUCAAGAAAGGCAUGAAAAUCUCCAGUGCAAACAUCACUACAGUGUGUCUCUCAAAUUCGAGCCAUACCGAGUGCAAGUGUGAGAAUCAAUAUGCUUGGCCCUCUGAACAAUGCUUUAAACAUGGCGCUUGUGGCCACAGUCAAAAUGGUACGUGUGGAUGCAUCGCUUCUCUUCCAACUGAUGGGGCGUUCUGCCGGCCACCACCUGGCUGUCCCAUACCUUCAACCACAAUCCCAAACACAAGUGUGUCUAUAACAUCUACACCAUCAGUGCCAACAGCAACAAAUACAGAUGUUACCACCCUCACAACCCCGAUCCUAAACACAACUCGUGAAGUAACAACAAUAACAAGUAGUCCAUCAUCCACUCCAGUAGCAGAAAUGACAAAUGUUACAAGCCUUUCAACCCUGAUCCCAAACACAACUGACAGUACAGCAAUGACGAGCGCUCCAGCAUCUACUCCAACAAUAGAAACAACAAAUGUUACAAGCCUUCCAACUCUGAUCCCAAACACAACUGACAGUACAACAAUAACAAGCGCUCCAGCAUCUACUCCAACAAUAGAAACAAGUGUUACAAGCCUUCCAACCCUGAUCCCAAGCACAACUGACAGUACAACAAUAACAAGUGCUCCAGCAUCUACUCCAACAGUUGAAACAACAAAUGUUACAAGCCAUUCAACUCUGAUCCCAAGCACAACUGACAGUACAACAAUAACAAGUGCUCCAGCAUCUACUCCAGCAAUAGAAACAACAAUAGAUCAUACAAGCCCAAACACAACUGACAGUACAACGAUAACAAGCGCUCCAGCAUCUACUCCAAAAGAACAAACACCAAAUGUUACAAGCCUUCCAACUCUGAUCCCAAACACAACUGACAGUACAGCAAUGACGAGCGCUCCAGCAUCUACUCCAACAAUAGAAACAACAAAUGUUACAAGCCUUCCAACUCUGAUCCCAAACACAACUGACAGUACAGCAAUGACGAGCGCUCCAGCAUCUACUCCAACAAUAGAAACAACAAAUGUUACAAGCCUUUCAACCCUGAUCCCAAACACAACUGACAGUACAACAAUAACAAGCACUCCAGCAUCUACUCCAGCAAUAGAAACAACAAAUGUUACAAGCCUUCCAACUCUGAUCCCAAACACAACUGACAGUACAGCAAUAACAAGUGCUUCAGCAUCUACUCCAGCAAUAGAAACAACAAAUGUUACAAGCCUUCCAACUCUGAUCCCAAACACAACUGACAGUACAACAAUAACAAGCACUCCAGCAUCUACUCCAGCAAUAGAAACAACAAAUGUUACAAGUCUUUCAACCCUGAUCCCAAACACAACUGACAGUACAACAAUAACAAGCGCUCCAGCAUCUACUCCAACAGUAGAAACAAAUGUUACGAGCCUUCCAACUCUGAUCCCAAACACAACUUACAGUACAGCAGUAACAAAUGUUACAAGCCUUUCAACCCUAAUCCCAAACACAACUGACAGUACAACAAUAAAAAGUGCUCCAGCAUCUACCCCAACAGUGGUAACAACAAAGUUUACUACCCCUUCAACCCCAAACACAACUAAAAUCACAACAGCAGUGACGAGUGCUCUGACAUCUACCUCAACAACAGGAACAAGUCAAUCUACCACAACAAAACCACCACCAUCAACCGUACUAACAACAAAAGCACCAACAGCUCCGCCACCACCACCACCAACAGAGCCACCAACAACAAAAUCAAUUACAGUAAUACCAACAAAACCAUUAAUUACAACGCCAACAACAGCAAGAAUGGUAACAACAAUACCAGCAACAACCGUAAAUCAAGUAAAUCGUCAGAUAUCACUGUCAAUAGACGAGACAUUUGAUGCAAGCCUGAAAAACCAGAACAGUGACAAAUUCAAGAAAUACAAAUCAGAUAUUGAGAAGGCAAUCCAUAGCAGCUACAAGGAUGUAAAAGGUUUCAUUUCUGCUACUGUCACUGGUUUUAGGCCUGGAAGUGUGAUUGUAGACUUCUUUAUUACGUCAGCUGAGGCGAUACAGAUUUCUGGGGAGAUAAACCAAGCAAUUUACACCAACAUGAAAGAGCUUAAUUUCAAAGUUGAUCAGACUUCAAUCGCUGAAACUGAGAAUACAGACCUGAGAUCAAGAGACAUUGUUUUUCCUGAAAAAGAUAUGAAACUGUCCUGCCCUGCCACCAGCCCUCUUGGAAAUGUAGUUUGGAAAUUUCAAGGAAAUAACAUACAGCCAAGCAAUCAUUAUGAGUUCUCAUCAGAUCAUCUCACCCUCACAGUCAAGAGUGUUACCAUCAGUGAUAACGGUCGUUAUGAAUGUUUGUACAAUACAACCACAGGGCCACAUAUUACUUGGGACAGGAUUGACUACAUUAAGCCAUAUCCCAAUAUGCAAGUACCUACUAAUAAGACAUACAAAUGUGAAAAUCAGCAGGUUGACGUCAUCUGCUGUGUGCAUUCUGAUUACAACAUACAGUGGGUGCAGAACAAAAAAAUGCUGAGCAACAAAGCUGAUUCACUGAAUUGUAUUACACAACCGUUUACUAUCUCGAGUGAAAGUUCAUGUGGAACAAAAAGUAUAUUCACCUGCAAACUGGACAAUAAAGAUCUGCUUGGAUUCUCAUAUAGCUCAAGGGCUGUGGAACUUGUGGUUGUUUCAAACCUUCUACCCCCAAACAGCCCUGUCACAUGCUUUGAUGAAGUGUAUGGUUUUGGACAAGUUGAUGAACGUAAAGUGGGAGACUGUGAGAAAAAUAAAGUUGGCUACCUAGAAGGAGUGUGUCAAUCUAAUGGCUUAUGGAAAACUAUAAACAACAACUGUGUUCUUCGUAUCAUUGAUGUACUGCAAGAGGAAUCAAAGGUUGUAGAUCCUGAAACUUUAACAGAUUUUGUGAUUAAAGUGAGCAAUGCCACCACAGUCAAUAAAGUAGAUAUAGUUCAAUCUCAAGCUACAGUUUCUACAAUUGUGGAAAUACUAAACAAUAUUGCAGAUGUCUCUCAAAAUGUUACACUGGAUGAAGUUGUGGUAACGAAUUUCCUCAAUAUAGUGGAUGUCAUUUCAUCAGAGACAACGAAACCUGUAUGGGCAGAGUUAAAUUCAAAUGGCGCAAGCCAAGGCAACAGCUCUCAACUCCUGAGUGCCAUUGAAAAUGUUAUAAAAGCAACAUCAGACAGCAAUUUCAACAUAACAAGUCCAUCCAACUCAUUCCUGUUCAAAAAAGUAACAACAUCUGAAAACUUUAGGGAUGUAUUAAGGCUCAACUCAACAGCUGAAAUAUUCAUCCCAGAUAUUACAUCCACUCAUAAAAAUAUUACAAUCACAGCAGUGGCCUUCUCUUCCUUGGGCAAUGUUAUGCCUGGAAGAAAUCGUACAGAUAACCUAAAUAAGACUGAAAAUGUCAUCAACGGACUCAUUGUUGUAGUGAAUACAAGCAUAUCUAUCAACAACAUAGAGCUGAGCUUUGAAAAACGCAGUAAUUCAGUAACUCAAAACAAUAAUUCAGUAAACUUAGGGAACCCUCAGUGCGUUUUCUGGGAAUUUAACCUUUUUAAUCAGACUGGAGGAUGGGACUCAACAGGAUGUGAGAUUAUACGGGUAAACGGCACUGUCACUUGUCACUGUAAUCACACCACUUCAUUUUCAAUAUUGAUGUCCCCUUUUGCUCCUGAAGAUCUUGCCUUGUCUGUCAUUACGUACGUUGGUGUUGCUAUUUCGAUAGCCAGCUUGGUUGUGUGCCUGAUCAUCGAAAUGAUCAUCUGGAAGGACGUAUCCAGAAACUCAACAUCACAUGUUCGCCAUGUAUCCUUAGUCAAUAUUGCUCUUUCUCUCCUGAUCGCUGACAUAUGCUUCAUUAUCGGGGCUGCUGUCGCAAAGCCCGGAGAGGACUAUACUAGCUCGUGUAGCGCUGUAGUGUUUUUCACCCACUUCUUCUACCUGGCCCUUUUCUUCUGGAUGCUGGUCUCAGCCCUUCUGCUCCUCUACCGCACCACUGUGGUCUUCUCUCAGAUUUCCAAAUCGGUAAUGAUGGCGGUUGCCUUCAUCUUGGGCUAUGGCGCACCUGUCCUCAUAUCAGUUAUUACCGUCGCCUCCACUGCCGGAAGUAAAAAAUACGUCACUCAGAAUGGAACAUGCUGGCUGAAUUGGGAUGAUUCCAGGGCCCUUCUGGCUUUUGUCCUACCAGCUCUGGUCAUUGUGCUUGUCAAUAUUAUUGUUGUGAUAAUAGUUAUAGUGAAAAUGCUCAGGAGGGGAGUGGGAGAGAGCAACAGUGAUGAAAGGAAAGUCUUGGUGGUCAUUCUCAGAUGUGUGGCCAUUUUGACGCCCCUCUUCGGCAUCACAUGGGGUCUCGGCUUGGGCAUUAUGAUAGAGCCUAAAGCUUUGGCCAUCCACUACUUGUUUACAAUCUUCAACUCCUUGCAGGGCUUCUUAAUAUUGGUCCUUGGAACACUGAUGGAAAAGAAGGUUCGGCAGGCACUUAAAACAAGAUUGAGUAUCACUAGACUGACUGGAUCCCGUGUCACACACAGUUCACGCUCUGGAGCCCAAUCCUACAGUUCUUCCAACAGAACGACUCUUACAGAUGUUUUCAACACCCUUUUGAGAAGAGGGAGGACUGGUGGGGCAAAUAUCAACUCAUCCUACAACACUAGAUCAUCAGAAGGUUUUCUGAAUGCUUAGCUGGACAGACGGCUUCAUUUCCUAUUAGAAUGCUUCUCUAAUGCAGUCUACAACUUUUUACUGAGUGUUUCAUUUCUGUCUGGACUUCAAGUACAAUGCCUUCCAGAAUGCUACAACUGGAAUAUUCAGUACUUUGCUGGUCAACCAGAUUGGCCAAAUUAGAUUUAAAACAUCUGUUCAUACCAAAUUAGUGUUUUUUCCUGUACACACUGUUUUAUGAAAACAGAAAUUAAAGGUUUCUGUUUGAACACUGUUUAGUGUACCAACACUUUACUUUGGCUUUCUCUAUUAAAUCAAUAAAUGAAAAAUACUUGUUUCAAAUGUCAU